CAGCUUUCGCGCCAGGGAAGGCCGACCUCUCGCAAGAGCCGAAAAGCGCGCCAGUUUUUCCUGUGGGCGGGACUGGGGCGGUCGCUCCUCGUGCGGUUCGGAGUGAGGGGAAAAGCGCGUGGGCAGCCAUGCCGACCGAGAGCAGCAGCACCAGCGUCCCAAGUGCAGAGUCCACGAUGGCCGAGCCGGCCGGAGCGGAGGAUGCAGCGCCGGUCAUCACCACGGCCAUGCAGCAGGAGGAGGAGCGCUUGGAGGCGGAGGGCAGGGAGAAGGAGCGGCAAAGGAUGGAGAAGGCUUACAUGAAUCGGGACAGAGACACAAAUGAAAUGCGCUACAAGAGACUUCAACACUUGCUUGAAAAAAGCAACAUCUAUUCAAAGUUCUUGCUGACUAAAAUGGAACAGCAACAAUUGGAGGAGCAACAAAAGAAAGAAAAACUUGAAAGAAAAGGAACAUUGAACACUGCAAAGGUAAAAUCAACGUUAAAUGGAGCAGAGAAUGGGUCUAAGCCAGCUGUUAAAAGAAAGAGAGAUCGAGAAGACAAAACAUACAAUAUUUCUGAUGUCAUUUCAAAAGAGGAAAUUUUAUUAGCAGCCAAAAAAAGCAAAGUGGAAAAUGAUCAGAUUGAAAGCAAUCCACCCAAACUGUGUGCAGAAGAAAUCCAGAAUAAUGGGGAUUCAAACAGCAUCAUUAAGGAUAGAUUGGCACAAGUGAUGCGACAUAGUGCCAAGCAUUUUGUUGACCCAAAACGAACGUUUAAUGGGCAGCCAGUACCUUUUCAGCAACCAAAACUUUUCACUGGAGGAGUGAUGAGGUGGUAUCAAGUUGAAGGCAUGGAAUGGCUUAGGAUGCUCUGGGAAAACGGCAUCAAUGGCAUUUUGGCUGAUGAAAUGGGCUUAGGGAAGACUAUCCAGUGUAUUGCAACAAUUGCCUUGAUGGUGGAAAGAGGAGUUGCUGGACCAUUUCUGAUAUGUGCGCCACUAUCCACACUUCCUAACUGGAUUGCUGAAUUCAAAAGAUUUACACCAGAGAUUCCUAUAAUGCUAUACCAUGGAACCCAGCAAGAACGACGUGGACUCAUUCAUAAAAUACGAAGGAAAGAAAGUUCAAUGAAUAUCCAUCCUAUUGUUAUUACGUCUUUUGAAAUUGCAAUGAGAGAUAGACAUUCUCUUCAGAAUUUCUACUGGAAAUAUUUGAUUGUGGAUGAAGGACAUAGGAUUAAGAAUAUGAACUGUCGUCUUAUUCAGGAAUUAAAACGAUUUAGUACAGAUAAUAAACUACUGUUAACUGGAACCCCACUACAAAACAAUUUAUCUGAGCUUUGGUCCCUCCUUAAUUUCCUUCUUCCAGAUGUCUUUGAUGACUUGAAAAGUUUUGAAUCCUGGUUUGAUAUUACCAGUAUUUCUGAAAUUGCUGAGGAUAUUGUUGCUAAGGAAAGAGAACAGAAUAUUUUGCACAUGUUGCACCAGAUUUUGACUCCUUUCCUAUUGAGAAGACUGAAAUCAGAUGUAGCUGUAGAAGUUCCUCCCAAGCGUGAAGUUGUGGUCUAUGCACCUCUUGUUAAAAAACAAGAAAUUUUCUACAGUGCCAUUGUAAACAAGACCAUUCAAAAGCUUUUGGGAAACAACCAGGAAGAAGUUGUGGAGCUGACUUCUACAGGCCGGCCAAAGCGGCGCAGUCGGAAAAUAGUUAAUUAUCGUGAGCUCAGAGAAAAUGAAUUUCCUGAUGCGCUGGAAGAACUAUUCACUAAAACACAAGAAGAAGCUGAAAAAGAGAGGCCAGUGAUUGCAGUGGAUAUGCCUUUGGAUUCAGAAAUCAACCUUAAGUUGCAGAACAUUAUGAUGC